AUGCGUGAUACGUCUGCGGGUCUGAGUAAUGUUCACUUUCCACGACGAACAAGCCGAAGUAAGGAGGAAGUCGCUGUAGGUUGUGCUCACAUGAACCCUCAACUGCUUCAAAAUUCACCUUACCACUCGUUUCUACCACCUGUUCUUGCUGCACUUAAUAUCACUCCAGAAGACUGCAAACUAGUGGCCAAUUACGACCGGUCCUCGAAUCAGUACGUCAUCCAUUCACACAGAGAAAAGUUCCUUCGGUGA